UGACGGUGGAUCUGAAAUGCAUUCUAGCAUGUUUCGAGAGGUCCUUGCAUGUGAUUCAACCAAAUUAUUCCUGGGUUUGGUGAGAACUAAGCCUUCUCGAACAGAGGUGUAUUUCGAACGGUGUAUGUCCAUUCGAAAAACAGUUACCACAGUAGCCUUUUACACAUCCGUGCUAGUGCCCAGAGGAGCCUCGGUAGUAGCGCAGACAGCUCCAACACGUAUUGAGAGAACUGUCGCGAAGACGAUAUAGGAAGCGUGCACAUAUCGUGUAACAUCGAAUAUUUCACGUGUGCGAAGAAACCUAAUCGCGCGCAAGGAAUAAAGUGUGACAACUGUCGUCAUUCUAGGCCGAGAAGUACUGGAAUAUCCGAAGAAAUAAAAAAAAAAUAUAAAAAAAAUAAGGGAAAUGAGCCAUAUGCUGCCGAUAUGGGUCGUAUGGUCUGAUAUCCGGAAUGGGGUCUGUGGACGAUCAGUUUAAGGAUGACUAUAGGCAGCCAGUGGGGAUAUAGAAGUCACGUUAUUGAAUUAC